CAGAAAUCGCCCAAACUGUUGCUCCAAAAUAGCAUUGACGAACAUCGGGCAAUACUGUGUUCAUUUUUCACCACUUGAGCAUCUAAAUUCGAUGAAUGGCCGUUCAACAAUGGGCGAAAACGAGAGGGCGAUAUCAAAUUUUACGGCGAAAACGAAACACAGCUACUAAAAAUUCUUUGAAAUGUUAUAUUCGACCGAAUGUGAAAUAGAAACAUAUGAAGCGUAUGCUUAGACAAAGCGAGCACGAAAGAGACGCAACCAAGCUAUGCACAGCGAAUAGGAAAAAAACAACAAUUCACAAAGAAAUAAUAGAUUAUUGUCCGCCAUUACGAAUACGUCUGCCGCAAAACGACGACGAUACAAGGAAAAUUCAGAAUUGUUUCAAGUGUUGUGUGUAAUAAAAAGAAUUGAACUGUUUUACCGCAGAAUCAAAGCAAAGACUUUUUCGAAUAUAAUCCAUUCGAUCGAAAGUUUAAUGUGAACAUUUUCUGUGUAAAUUGUUUCUAGCUAUUCACACAAGCAGAGAAUACAAAAAUCAUCGAUUGUUAUCUAUCAAAAAGAAUAAACCGAAACAAUUUUCAUUUUUGCUUAAUUGUUUGGUGCAAAGUGAAGAGAAAACUAAGUUCGAUUCAAGAAGAAGAAAAAUUGUGAGUGGAACUGUGUAACCGAGCGCCAAAUAGACAAUCGCUGAGUUUGGUAUACACCACACACAUCGUGCAAAGUGCAAAAUAGUCUCUCCUCUGACUAGCUAAGUGUGUUCGAAGUUCGGUUCAUUUUGUGAAGCGUUCGUUUUUUGUUUCUUUCAUUUUAUUUUGGUUUUCAAUUUUAUGCGACACGAUCUGCUGUGUGCAAUUUUUGACAGUGCCGUUCGUGUAAUAGCGACAAUUUUUUCAAAUUGUGUUCCAAAGAUUCAGAUCGAAGGUGUGUGUAUUUUUGUGUGAGAGUGUAUAAGUGACGCUAAGUGCAAAUCUCACAACAACAUCGGCAUACACGUCGAACAAUACAGUUCAGACUUGAGAGCAACCAAAAACUGAGACUUGACCAAACAACAACAACAAACAAACGUUGCAUUGUGUUUGUUGAGAGAAAAAAAAGCGAUAAACAAAAAGACUUUUCAUUUCUUUGCAUUAAAUAAAGUAGCGCGGAAUAACAAAAAGUUUUAGCCAAUGUCUGCUGGUAUAUCGGAUCAGCGAAUGAAAGGACAAGGUAACCAAGGAAUGUUUGGUCCAUCAUUCGGUCAGCAAUCAUCAUACAAUUAUUUUCCAAACAAUGGGGAAAAUUAUAAUAAAAACGCAUGGGACUCGCAACAAGUAAACGGUGCAUCGCGUCGUGGUGGUUAUGAUGAUUACAAUCGUGGAUAUGAUAAGCAACGUUCAUACGGAAGCGAUGGCAUUAAAUCAAUUGAACAUGGAGUGCAAGGUAUUGGAUUGGAUGGCGGAAAUCAGCGUGAUUCAUACUCAGCAAAGACAAAUUCCCAAUCGAACACAGCAUCGGCGGCACAACCGAAGAAAACAACGUGGGCGAGCAUCGCAUCACAACCGGUCAAGUCCUCGCAAACGCGCAUCUCGUCAACAUUGAAAAAGAAGCCGGGAAUGCCGUCACACAUCAAGGUACCGCCACCACCAAUGAUUCCUGGCAAACAUAACAUGGAUAUUGGCUUGGACUCAGAAAAGAAUGGUGCUCUAGUUCCGCCACCAGUUCCAUCGCCACCUCCAGUUAUCGAUGAACCGUCGCCAUUUCAAUUUCCGACGAAGAACCACAACAAUGCAAAUAAUAAUUCGACAAAUAACAAUUCAGAGCAGUUUCCAGCUCCAUCCAACCGAAAUGACUAUCAUCGCGACAUGAAUCGUGACAUGAACCGCGACAUGAAUCGUGAAGGUGGUUGGCAUAGACGUGAAAACGGAUAUCAUCCACAUCCACGUGAUUCGAACCGUGGAUAUCAGCCACGCUCAAACUAUGGGCCUCCUCCAAAUCAUGACAGAAAUCAUGACAGACAAAUGAACUAUCAGGAAAAUCGCAACUAUCAGCCACGGCCACAUUAUCGUUCAUCUCCACCGCAUAAUAAUCAGUUCUAUGGGCCCAAUCGUAAUGAAAAUGCACAAGAACCGCCUCCACCAGCACCAAAAGUCGAUUCAGAUGCUCCAAAGCCGGAAGAGAAUGCACCGGCUCCAGUUGAGAAGAUUUUGGAUAAAAACAACUACAAUCCACCUGAGCUGGACACUGAGCAUUUGGACAAAGCAAGAUAUUUCGUCAUAAAAUCUUAUUCGGAAGAUGAUAUCCAUCGCAGUAUCAAGUAUGAGAUUUGGUGUUCGACUGAACAUGGUAACAAGCGUUUGGAUCAAGCCUUCCGUGACGCUGAGGCCGAAGGCGGUUACAUUUAUUUGCUGUUCUCAGUGAAUGGUUCAGGUCAUUUCUGUGGUGUGGCCCAGAUGACCAGUGCCGUUGACUACAAUUCCGUUUCGUCGGUCUGGCAUCAGGACAAGUGGAAGGGCAAAUUCUCAUUGCGUUGGAUCUACGUGAAAGAUGUGCCGAAUUCGCAAUUGCGUCACAUUCGCUUGGAAAACAAUGAAAACAAAUCGGUCACCAAUUCGCGUGACACACAAGAAGUACCGAACGCCAAAGGGCAACAAGUUCUUCAGAUCAUUCACACAUUUGUUCACUCAACAUCGAUCUUCGAUGACAUGGAGUUCUAUGAACAGCGUCAAGUCGAAGAGGACACCAAACGUGUUGAUGUACCACCACCACGUGGGCCGCCUCAACCGUCAAAUUACCGUGACGGAGGCGGUUACGAUGUUGGAUAUCGUCCAAACCGGAACUAUGGUAACAAUCGUGGAUAUCAUAACAGCUACGACAACCGACGUGAUGGACGGGAUGGAAGUGGUGAAUUUUCGCGCAACUAUGAUCGACCACCACCAAACCGUGACUACAACAAUCGGCGUGAAGGCGGCUUCAUGUCCCGAGACCGGGGAGAAAGAGAUAAUAAUCGAUUUGAUUUUCGUGAUCGUAUGGAACGAAACGAUGAUCAUCAUCAAGGUGGAUUUAAACGUAAUUAUUCGAAUAAUUUCGGAAAUCGUGGUUCGAAUGGGCCAAACUCAAGCUAUCGAAAUGAUCGCUUUGAACGUAAUGAAAGAAUUGAGCGCAAUGAUCGCAUUGAACGUCGUGAAUCGCGUGAACCAGACGACGAUGAAAAUAUCGAACGCAACUGAACCUCCCUCCCCUAUCCCCGAAUAAAUCGUCGAACUGAGUGCAAAAACUGAUUUGAAACACAUAAAAAGAGAGAGAGAGAGAGUGAGGAAAGAAAACACGAACGGCAAGCAAAAAGAAAAUAAA